CAAUAUGAUGAUAAUAGCACAGUCAUUGUUACUCCAGUGAUACAACAGUCAGUUCAAUUUCACGGGUGGUAUUUAGCCAGCUGGUUGUUCUUGCUCAGUGCCUCGCGCUAUAAAGUGCACUUCUAUUCACAUAUUGAAGCUCUAAGCAAGAAAGCCAAUGAAUUGCUGGUCGGUGGCCACGAAAGUGAAGAGUUGAAGAGCAAUGUUAAAAGAAUACUGGAGAAAUGUCGUUGGGAUUCCUUUUCCACAGGGUUGUUUCUCCAUGCUCUGUAUGCUAAUCCUCGCAGAAGCAACAAUGAAUUGGUGGCGUUGCAGCAUCGAUUACAAGAUUUCAACACAGUGAGUAAUGCCAGGGAAAUCAUAAGGUUCUGCUACGACGACCUGCCCAGUCAGUACAAGAGCUGCUUGCAUUACCUAUCCAUGUUCCAUGGCCCCCAUUAUUCCAAUAUUAGGAGGGCAAGCUUAUUAAGGCGAUGGGCUGCUGAAAACCUCAUCACCACACGGCAUGCAUUGGAUGAAGCCGAGCGUGGCUUCAAUGCGCUGGUUGAUCGAGGCCUUGUUCUUCUCGGUGGUAUCAGCCCAACAGGCAAAGCCAAGACUUGUAGGGUACAUCCUCAUGUCUUAUCCUUCAUUACCAAUAUGGCCUGUGAGGACUAUGUUGGGAACACAGAUCUGCUACCUGCUGACUUGGCUCCCCGCCUUUCCAUUCGCAAUAGAAUGCAACUUCAACAACUCUCCAAUCAGCAACAGGCCACACAUUUCAACAUGUGCCAGCGAAUACCCAGGCGUACCACUCCAACGCAAGAAAAAAAUUCUAAAGACCCCUUGCCUGACAUAGUAAUGUUUCUGAACUCACUGCCUGCAUCUUCUCAACUGGGACUGAUCAAGGUUCUAGACCUAGAAGGUUGUCAUGGACUAGACAAGCAGAAACUGAAGAACAUGUGCAACAAGAUAUUUCAGCUCAAGUAUCUAAGUCUAAGGAACACAGAUGUUAAGGAGCUGCCCAAGGAAAUCGGCAAGCUCCAGCACUUGGAGACAUUUGACAUGAGGGGAAACAAGAUAAAAUCAUUCCCUGUGAAUGUCGUGCUCCAGAAGCUAGUGCAUCUGCUUGCUGGUCACAAACACCUCAUGGAUCAAGCAGCUAGUGCCACUGGAUCUAAUGAAUCAUUUUGCAAUCUUCAAAUGCCUCAUGGAAUUAGGAGCAUGACAAACAUACAAGUACUAUCCCAUGUUGAAGUCUCUGAUGUGAAAGAGUUGGAUGUUGUUGGUCAGCUGCAGCAGUUGAGGAAGUUGGGAGUAAUUAUCCCUUGCAACAACCCUGAUGUUAUCACCCACUUGCUUCGAGUAACCGGGAAGCUAGAUGAAUACCUAUCCUCGUUGUCGGUCCAUAUGGAAGUAGCAGAGGCUGAUGUUGACUUGGAUACAAAAGAUCAAGAUAUCUCACACCCCAGGUCCCUUCAAAGCCUUAAUAUCGAUGGCAAGAUAGCAAGGCUACCUACUUGGAUUAAAAAGCUUCAUCGACUUUCCAAGAUAGUUCUAUGCCGUACCUCCCUGAAGGCUGAUGAUAUAGAACUAGUCCUGGGUAAGCUUUUGCGGUUGCACACUGUUGUGCUGCGCUAUGACUCAUACAAAGACAACAAGCUUAAUUUUAAGGAGAAAAGAUUCGGACAACUCGAGCUUCUUGUCAUUGAUGGCUCAGACAUCACCAAAAUCAAUUUUGAUCCAGCUGCAGCUCCCAAGCUUGAGAGGAUUGUUUGGACUUCCACUUCCAGUAGCAAGGCAGACAU